AUGUUCCACGGGAUUCCAGUUACAGGAGGUGUAGGAGGAGCUCCGGCCAAUAAGCCCGAGUUAUAUGAGGAGGUGAAAUUAUACAAGAAUGCAAGAGAACGAGAGAAGUAUGACAACAUGGCAGAGUUGUUUGCUGUUGUGAAGACCCUUCAGGCCCUGGAGAAGGCUUACAUCAAAGACUGCGUCACACCGAAUGAGUACACUGCUUCCUGUUCCAGGCUGUUGGUUCAGUAUAAGGCUGCUUUCAAACAGGUGCAGGGCUCCGAUGUGGGCUCCAUCGACGACUUCUGCAGGAAAUACAGACUCGACUGCCCACUAGCCAUGGAAAGGAUUAAGGAGGAUCGACCAAUCACCAUCAAGGAUGACAAAGGGAACCUGAACCGCUGCAUUGCAGACAUAGUUUCUCUCUUCAUCACUGUGAUGGACAAGCUGAGACUGGAGAUCAGGGCCAUGGAUGAGAUCCAGCCAGACCUGAGGGAGUUGAUGGAAACCAUGAACAGAAUGAGCAACAUGCCUCCAGACUCAGAGGCUAAGGACAAAGUCAGCCUCUGGUUGACCACCCUCAGCAGCAUGUCGGCCUCAGACGAGUUGGACGAUAACCAGGUGCGCCAGAUGCUGUUUGAUCUUGAGUCUGCCUACAAUGCCUUCAACCGCUUCCUCCAUUCCUCCUGAAGCAUUUGUCCAACAUUGAUCCGUCUGUCUGAAAUUCUGACUCUAAUAUCUAUUCUGUUAAAAAAGGAACACUCUACUUUCUCCUUUGGGUUGCUGGUAGGGAGUGGAUUUAUAUCUGUACAGGUUUUCUGUCUCAUAUCGACCCAAUCCUUUCCUGUCAUUUGAUUGACAUGUCCUUUAUUCAUGUUGUUAACUAUUUAAACUUCACCGCCUUGUAUACUCCACUGUGUCUGGUACAUCAUGCCGCCCGCAGCUUUGCCCACCAGGGUCGCCCUGUGAUGUGAGACGCUCCAUUGACCUCUUUUCUAGAUAAGCUUGUGUGAUAAAUCUUUUAACAUUGGGAGUUUAUUCUGCCCUGGACAAAACGGUUUACUUAUAACUUUGUACUGUAAUAUCAAAAAAAAGUCUAAUUUUAUACUUAGGUUUUGCAGUGCACAACAAAGAGGUGUGAUACAAUUAUAUUGGACAAAGAAAAGGUUGCAACAGCCAAGGCCUUUGUAUUAUUUGAAAGAAAUAUAUAUAUUUUUUCCUUCUUUUUGGUACCCUAAUUCUAUUCACUACCUGCCACUUGGGGUCGGAUUAGCAAAUCCCGCUCUGUAUAACAUUUAGUUAUUCUAUCACGUUUUUACUGCAGGAUCCUGCAAUGUUUUUUUGUCGAUUGAGUAAAAGAAACUGACAUAGUUCAUGGAAAAUCAAUGCAGCUGAAAUAAUUGUUUGAACUUUAAUAUUAAACUGCACUUCAAAUAAUAAUUAUAUUGAAACUUUGGUGGAAGGAAUUAUUUGUGUACAUUUGCUAGCCCUGUUUUCUGUUAACACACCUAAUCCAUCUUUCCUUGAGUGAGGCUUUGGUCACAUGAUGUGGGUAAAAGCGAGGUGAGCACCCCCCCUCCUCUUGCUAAAUAUGUUUCAACCCUUAAACACCAUCAGGGGGAGCAUAUUAGUUAAGAUUUAUCAUUGUAAAUAAUAGUUUUGAUUUUUAAAUGAGCAUGUAACUUUUUAGAAAUAAAGAUGAAAAAUCUA